AUGAGCGGUCAAAACAAAGGUGUUGUUGGGAGAAUCAUCAGCAAAGUGAAAGAUUCUGGAUCUACUGUGCCAUUGAUUUUCCACUGUAUUGUCCAUCAAGAGGCAUUGUGCUCCAAAGUUAUAUCCUGGAAAGAAAAAAUGGAUACUGUAACAUCCACUGUUAAUUAUAUAAGAAGAAAUGGACUCACUCACCGUCAGUUCCAAAAGUUUUUGGAAGAUCUGGAGGCUGAUUAUGGUGACGUGGUUUACUACUGUGAAGUGAGGUGGCUGAGUCGGGGUGCCGUUUUAGAACGGUUUUUUGAUUUGAGAAAAGAAAUUGGAAACUUCAUGGAGAUGAAAGGAAAGCCAGUGGAAGAGCUUACUAACAAACAGUGGAUUAUCGAUCUUGGUUUUUUAACUGAUUUGACUAAGGAACUGAACCAGCUCAACAAACGUUUGCAGGGAAAAAAUAAAUUGAUUUGCGACAUGUAUUCAGAUGUCAAGUCAUUUGAGAUGAAACUGAAACUGUUUAUCAAGCAUAUUGAUGAAAAAAAGCUUGGCCAUUUUCCCAAUUGCAAGAAAGCCGUGGAAGAAGCUGGAAAUAACUUUGUGUGGGAAAAUAUCACAAUGAGAAACGUGUUAGCACAACUACAAACUGAGUUUGUAAAUCGAUUCACCGACUUUAAAAAGAGCUCCCUUAACAUGGAAAUAUUCCAAAACCCUUUUGGAAUUGAUGUUAGUGAGGUACCAAGCUACUUGCAAAUGAAUAUUGUAGAUUUGCAAAGUAAUAACCAACUUAAAACUGCAUUUAAAGAAAGCACAGACUUGAUACAAUUCUAUGGAGGUUUGAGCUCUGAAAACUUCAAAGAAAUGAAAAAGUUUGCUCAGCAGAUAAUAACUAUGUUUGGUAGUACAUAUUUGUGUGAGCAGACUUUUUCAGUACUCAACUACCGCAAAAAUAAGAAUUGUUCGCGGUUAACGGAUGAACAUUUAGAAGCGAUACUGCGCGUUUCUACUACUAAAAUGAAAGCAGAUGUUAAAAAACUUGCAAGUCAAAUGCAGCAGCAAAAAUCGCACUAG